AUGGAAGGGAAAACAGUGGCCGGGAUCGUCCUCGCUUCCCUGACUAUCCUCUACGCCGUCCACUCGAUGGGUCUCUUUGCGAGGAACAAGAUGCCCGUUGAGGGCAAGACUGUUCUCAUCACCGGCGCUUCCGAGGGCAUGGGCCUAGCUGUGGCCAAGCAGCUCUCAUCCAAGGGGGCCAAUGUGGUCCUCGUGUCUCGGAGCGUAGACAAGCUCAAGGCCGCGCUUUUGGAAGUCAAGGCUGCCGCGCGCGACUCCGGCACGCAGCGAUUCCACUACAUCUCGGCCGAUGUAUCCGCCCCGUCGUACGCGGGACCCGUGCUGACCGAGACGAAGAGGUUGAAUGGCGGACAACCCCCGGACAUUGUAUGGUGCAUAGCGGGGUUGGCGACGCCCGAGCUCUUCAACGACAUGGACAUGGUAUCCAUGCGCCGGCAGAUGGACGUCAACUACUUUGGCACGGCGGAGAUGUGCCAGGCCGCGCUGCGCGAGUGGCAGGCACCCGAGGCGCCCGUCGAGGCCACGCCGCGCCACCUGAUCCUCACGUCAAGUGCCAUCGUCUUCUUCCCCGUGCCCGGGUACCUGCCAUACUUACCGUCCAAGUUUGCCAUCCGCGGUCUGGCCGAGGGUCUGAGCCGCGAGGCCCUGCUGUAUCCGCAAAGGGUGGAAGUGCAUCUCGUCUGCCCGGGGACCAUCUUGUCGCCUGGGUUCGAGAGGGAGGAGAAGAUCAAACCCGAGAUCACCAAGCAGCUCGAGGCGUCGGACCCGAGGCAGACACCCGACGAAGUGGCCAGGAGCUCCAUCCGCGGGCUGGAGAACGGAAACUUCUUCGUCACCGUCAACCUCUUCAACUGGCUCAUGCAAGUCGGCACCCUGGGCAGCGCAAACCGCAACGGCACUGGAAUCCUCGACUCCAUCGUCGCCUGUCUCAUGUCGUUCAUCAUCUGGCCUAUUGUGCACUUUGCCCUGCACGGUGAUAUCAAGAAGUUUGGCAAGGCCAAUGGCCAUCCGUCAACAUACAAGAAGGAUUAA